AUCUUUAAAUCAAUCGCCAGAUGGCUCUAUUCUUUGUUGGGAAUCUAGCAACACAUCAAAAGAAACAUUGUCUGCUGGAAUUAACAAUUUUUCAACACAUUCUUUUAGUUAUGGCUCUGCAACUGCGACGACUUUCUCUCGGCCUCGCCAGGUUCCAGCAGGCUAGAAAUGCCUCGAUAUUGACGUCUUUACCUGAGACGCAUGAAUUGCUAAGAAAAACAUGCAGAGACUUUGCUGAAGGUGAACUAAAGCCAAAUGCAUCACGAUUUGACAAAGAACAUCUUUACCCAAAAGAACAGAUUCUCAAAAUGGGUGAGCUGGGCUUAAUGGCCAUAGUUGUCCCUGAAGCCCUUGGUGGAGCUGGACUAGACUACUUGGCUUAUGCUGUGGCUAUUGAAGAAAUAUCAAGGGGAUGUGCUUCUGCUGGAGUAAUUAUGAGCGUCAACAAUUCACUGUACCUUGGUCCUCUCAUGAAAUAUGGAAAUGAUCAGCAAAAAAGAGAUUGGGUUCAACCAUUUGUUAAUGGAGACAAAGUAGGGUGCUUUGCACUUAGCGAACCAGGAAAUGGCAGUGACGCCGGUGCGGCGUCAACUACAGCUGUAGCAUCGUCGGAUGGAGGCUGGAAAUUGAAUGGAACCAAAGCAUGGAUCACUAACGGCUACGAGUCUGAAGCCACAGUCGUUUUCGCUACCACCGACAAAUCGCUCAAGCACAAGGGAAUCUCUGCCUUUGUUGUCCCCAAACCGACACCAGGCCUUGCUUUGGGCAAAAAAGAAGAUAAACUGGGCAUUCGGGGUUCUUCCACAUGCAAUCUCAUUUUCGAAGACUGCUCUAUUCCUAAAGAAAAUAUGCUUGGCAAGCCUGGGUAUGGAUUCAAAAUUGCUAUGGGCACGUUAGACGGUGGAAGGGUUGGUAUUGCAGCUCAGGCGUUGGGUAUUGGUCAAGCAGCAUUAGAUUGUGCUGUCGAUUAUGCAAGCAAGAGAAAAGCUUUCGGACAGUCAAUUACCAAACUUCAAUCCAUACAAAACAAAAUCGCUGACAUGGCCUUGCAGUUGGAAAGUGCACGCCUUUUAACUUGGCGAGCUGCUGUGUUGCAAGACGAAGGCAAGACUUGUAUCAAAGAAGCAGCUAUGGCUAAAUUAGCAGCCAGUGAAGCCGCAACGUUCAUCUCACAUCAGGCUAUUCAAAUUCUCGGAGGAAUGGGAUACGUUUCCGAUAUGCCUGCGGAGCGACAUUACCGAGAUGCCAGAAUUACGGAGAUUUACGAGGGUACCUCUGAGAUUCAAAGAUUAGUCAUCGCUGGCAAUGUGUUGAAAGAAUACGGGGUUUAGGUGAGAUAUCACUUCCUAAGGUGAUAAAAAUAAAUGUCAACAAUGCAAUUUUCUAUUUUACAUAAUACAUGAUAUACGUGAUGGAAUAAACAAGUUAUAGGAUAUA